UCACUCUCGACUCCCCUUGCAACGCCCAAGCGAGAAAGUUUGAUCAGCAUGUCUCAGUCGCCGAUAGGCCCAUGGCCGCCGAUUGAGAGCAUCUGGGCUCAGGCGAAGGCGCUCCUGGGCAUACUGGGCGAGCUGGCCAGCAACGAGGGGUCGGGGCAAGCCGACAAGAGCAAGUCGGGAGUGCCUGCGUCAUACAAAGCCACCUCCCUGACAAUAAUGUCCGUUCCAGCUAUUCCAGCUGUACCCAAACAGUCGGUCGCGCCUGGCUAUGCUGGCCAUGGGGACUCGGCCGCGUCCGCCUCUGACCGCUCACAUGAAUCAUCCACGCCACUCACUCUCUCCAUCCUACCACUCGUCUUCUCCAUCUCCCCUCAGCGCUGCCCCCUCGGCCCAGUAGACCACCUCGACCCCUCGUGCCCACUCCCCCCUCCCUCCGCUCCCCUCACACGCUCUCCGUGUCGCCGCCUCGCCGCUUCCCCGCUUCACUUCUGGCUAUCCACUCGCACUCACCCUCCCACUUCCACUUCCACUUCCACUUCCCCUUCCGCUCCUACUCCUCCGAAACCACCCCAUCCGGCUCGGCCCGCGCGGCAACGGUGUAGCCCAUACACGGCACGGUUACACCCCUUCUUGUUCCCAUCCACAAGCCCGGGCCCGACCUUCCGAGCUGCGGAACAAGUCACAUUAGCGCGCCCCUCGUCCCUACUCUGGUUAACUUUCCGUGUCACUGGCAAGUCGCGUCCACUCCCCGGCAGGCCUCAAAAGAGCCUUCCUUCCUCGUCGUUGGUUUCUUCAUUACCCACUGUCGAGAUGGCCAGCAAACAGGAUAUCCCGGUCAUCAUUCACAACGGCAAGCGCGGUCUUCUCACAAUCGAGGAUGGCCGCCUCGACGUCCUGCAGCUGAGCGCAGAUGGGAGGCCGCCCAAACAACUGCUAUCCGCUCCAGUGCGCCUCCUGUUGCGGGCCGUUCUUGGGCCCGCGCCAACCGGCGUCCCAACCUCGCCUACCCGCAAGUCUGACUGCGAGUCUCUGGAUGGCGCGAAGCGCAUCCUCGACAUUCAUGCGCUGGUCCAGAAGGGCGCCAAAAGUUCCCACCUUCACUACACAAAGAUACGCAUGCUCGUCGAGCCUCGGCACUUUGCAGACGCCGAGCAAUGGGUCGACCAGCUCAUGGCCGCUGCCUAUCCCGUUACAAAGCCCUACCGCCGUGUGCUGCUCCUCGUCAAUCCCGUCGGCGGGAAGGGCAAGGGCAUGGUUAUCGCUAAGCAUACGAUCAUUCCCAUUCUCGAGGCGGCAGGAUGCAAGGUUGACAUGCGCGAGACACGAUACCGUUACCACGCCGAGGAGAUCUGCAAGGAAGCCGACCUGUCUAAGGUAGACGUGAUUGCUGUCGCCUCGGGUGACGGAGGAUACUACGAGGCGUUCAAUGGUUUGGCUGGGCGACCUGACGGGCGCAAGGCCCUGCGCACGCCCAUUGCGCCGCUUCCGACGGGUUCGGCGUGUGCAGCGUGUACAAACCUUUUUGGGCCCAAGGACAACUUCAACGUCGCUCUGGCCACUCUCAACGUUAUCAAGGGACAGCCCAUGCCGAUCGAUCUCCAGUCCGUUGUGUUGUUGCCUUCGCGUGAGCGCCGUGUCUCGUUUCUCAGCGUGGCUCUGGGUCUCAUGGUCGACCUUGACCUUGGUACGGAGAACCUUCGAUGGAUGGGCGACUCCCGAUUCGUGUAUGGCUACAUUCGCGGUGUGGUGCAAAGCAAGUCCUGCAAGGCGCGUAUCACUCUUGACAUUGUGGAAGACGACAAGGAGAAGAUGGCACGAGAGGCACGAGAGGCUGCUCUCGCAGAGCGUGGAACGCGGACACUGGGCGGAGGCACAGAUCCCCUUCAGUUAAUCCGCGGCGUUCAGUCACUGUCAGUUGCCAGCCAGGCCGUCGCUAAGGGUGAUGCGUACGGUGACGGGCACACACCCAGCAGCAGUCGCAAGACUUCGGACUCGCCGGAGACUCCUCAUGUGCCAGGACAGAACAGCCAUGCAGAGGGAAAUGAGUCCAGCAGUACAGCUCUGAUGAACGGCAGCGCUCAUCCCGCAACCGAAGCUUUGCCGCCCGUCGGAUUGGUCAAGCCCACCAGCUCUUGGACCACGGUAGAUUCGAGUGAGAGAGGGCGUCGUGCCUCCAAAUCGGCUGCUUCGAACAAGUGGCAGGCAGGUGACUCUCUACUGUUUCUCUAUGCUGGCCUCAUGCCGUACCCUAGUCGCGACCUCAAUCAGUGGCCUGUUGCCCGCGCUGGGUCGGGUGUGAUCGAUAUAGUGCUGCAGCGAACCGCGGCGCGCUCUACUCUGCUAUCGCAGGCGUCGGUGGGCCAUACCGGUGACCCGUACUGGCUGGAGAGCAUGUGCUACUACAAGGUGCGCGCGUAUACUGUUGAAAACCUGGACAAGGAGAAGCAGCCCUUGUUCACAGUGGACGGCGAGGCGUUCGAGUGGGACAGCUUCCAUGUGGAGGUGCUUCCGCGCGCGGCGACACUUCUAGCUCUCGAUGGGCAUUACUACCAGGGCGAGUUUGUGGAGCAGGCUCCCAGUGUAGGAGCAGGUAAGGCUAAGAAGUAGAUCAAGUCGACAACUCCGGUGCUCUUAUAUGCAUAUACUUCCUAAUGCGUGCGUCAUGCACCCUUGAGCGG